ACAGGCCCAGGCCCAAUAUCGGCGGUUUUCUUCGGAUAAAAGAAAACCGAACCGGAGAGAAGUGUACGUCAGAAGAAAUCCAUUUUCCCGCGAGCUUUCUCAUCUCCAGAAGCGCUCCUGCCUUCUCUCUCUCUCUCUCUCUCGUCUUCUUCGUCUUCAGCUCCGGCGGUCUUUGACCGGCGAGCAUCUUCUUCCGCUCCCCUGCGGCGGCCGUCAUUUGCUCUGAAGUGGAAGAGUUGAAUAGAGCAUCCUUCUUUCUGAGAUGGCGAGGCAGGAGGAGAAGGUUGGGAAAUCUCCGAAAGUGGGGAAUUCCCUCGAAGUUGAUGAUGCGAAGUAUGUGUCGGGCCUCAGUACCAUACUGGUUGCCACGAUUCAGGAAGCUAAGGACAGGAUAUCUCAGAUAGAGUACAUUUUCUGCAGUCAGCUUUUCCCGAAUUUCCAGUCCAAGUCUAAAAGCUUGCAGACGAUUUACGCUGAGGCCCUGCAAUCAGCGGAAAGGACGUGGAAGGAAAAGGAAGAUAGUCUCUUGCUCCAGAUGGGUAAGCUGAGGAUUGACAAGGAGCAGCUUGUACAGGAAAAUCAGUCUCUUAAAGUUCGAAUCGAAGAGCUUGAGCAUGAUCUCGGGCAGAAGAUUAAGGAAGUUGAUGACGGAAUGGAACUUCAAAGAAAACUAAUCAGAGUGGUUCAAUCAAGCGAGUCUAUUUUGGUGAGAAAGGGAGAACAGCUUAAAGAGCAAAAAGAGGUGACUGGUGCUCUUCUAUUGAGGCAGAGGAGUCUAGAGAAGUCGGUUGAAGGGCUCAAGGAGGAGCUUCGGCAGAAAACUGAGGAGAUAGUGAACGUAAAACAGUUGGAAGUGAAUUUGCUGAAGAAAAUGGAAGUACAGGCCUCGGAAAUUUUCAGCAAAGAGCAGCUUUUGGUUGACUGCGAGAAGGAACACGGACUGCUGAAAGUCAAAUCAAAGUGUAUGGAGGAGCAAAUAGUUAGACUUGAAGAGGAGCUACGGGAAAUGAAUGCGGACAAAGGCGAGGAGGCCCGGAAGUCGAGUAAAAUGCAGUUAAAGCAGCAUGAGGAAGAGAGAGUGAAGCUCCUGUGCAAAGUAGAGGAUUUGGAAGGGAGAGCGAAUGACUUGCAGACUCUUCUUAAACAAAAGAGCUGUGAGGCAGACAGAUUACGUCACGAACUUCAGUCUGCACAAUCUGAGCUGUUGUCGGAGAAGAAGAAAGUGGCAGAGUUGCUUAACUGGUGUAAAAAUUUUAAAUCUCAGAACAAUUACCUUCUUAAGAAGAUUUCUCAGAGCAAGUCAAGAGGAGAAGAAGAUCGGCAAGAGAACCUAGUAACUACACCAUGCCUUGAAAACAAGAACACUGACACAGUUAGAGUUGAUUACGGUGCCAAAGUGAAAGAUGAGAUAGAUGUAGACGAUCCCGUGGAGAAUGAAAAAGACGAGAGCUUGCUGAAAUGUCCAAGUCCGAAUUCAGGUGAAUUUGUUGCCCCAAAAUCUGUUACGAGUAAAAGAUCUAGCCCAGUUUCUGGUACGAAGCGCCGUGCAUCGAGCUGGAGAGACACUAGGGCCCACCAAAGCCGAUAUGGGCCUGACCCUCACGAUGAUUUUCUCGAUACCCCUUUGGAGAACAUCAGAGAGAACCUGAACAAUUCUCGGAAAGAUGAAUUGGGAAACUCCCCUAACCAUGAAGCAAGGGGAGUAGACCACGGGUCCCUAGAUGACGAUGAGACCCAGGACAUGAAUGUUGAUCCUUGUCCAGGGAAGCAGCAAGCGCCAGCACCUUCUGAUGGCAGUAGGAAAAGCUUUAAGUACGUGGGUGCUGUGAGAAAGAAAGCCGAAAGGGAGGCUCUGAAAGGUGUUGAGUGCAAGCAAUGCAAGAAGUUCUAUGAUGCUGUACUUCCCGAUAAUGGAAAUGGAGAUACUGGUGGUAACAAUACAAAUAUCCGAUGCGAGCAUCAUGAUGGUGUCUCGAGGCACAGGUACAAGUAUGUUCCUCCACUGACUCCCGAAGGCUUCUGGAACAUUGGAUUUGAAUCUGAGAUGUGAGGUCGUAGCAUGUGUUAGGACUAGCUGCAUAGUUCUUUGCUCAUUGUUGCUUGAGAAUUGAGAUGAUAAUGAAUGGCAAUCAACAUAUUGCUGAUUGCUAAUUUGAGGGUCGUGUGAUUUAUAAGACGCAAUAACACAUUGGAGUCGGUGAAAUAUGUGUUGUUAAAAUAGCAAUGAAGUUCUCA